UGCCCUCAGAGAGGCCGGUGAAGGAGGCUACCUUUCCGGUUAGUUUCUCAGUCGUGAAGCAGGAUGCUUGUAUUCCCAUAUAAAAGCAGUUUACUAUGAGAAACAGUUUACUGUGAGAAACACAUUCGGAGCCUACACAGCUACAACACCGGCAACAUGGCCCAGGGGUCUAGAUCCCUGCGUUUCCUCCUCGUUCUUGCCGUGAUCGGGCUUCUUCUCUGCCAGGGAGACGCGUGGCGCCGUCGCCGCCGCCGCCGCUGCAAGAGUCCCGGGCAGGCCCUGACCGGCGCCCAGACCAGGUGGGACGCCGCUUUCCAGUUCGAGUGUCCCGGUAGCCAGGUCAUCCGGCGCGUCAGCAGCGUCCACUGCAACCGCGCGGAGGACAGGGUCUGGAAGUUCGGCUGCGGUUCAGUCCCAGGACUCCCCAGGUUUGAUGAGGAGUUCUGGUCCGGGUGGAUCAAUGACUUUGACGGCGUCAUGAACUUCCAGUGCCCCUUUGACGCCAUCAUCACCGGGCUCAGGAGCGAGCACAACAACGGCCGGGAGGACCGCAGAUGGAACGUGAAGUGUUCCCGGAAGCGCGGCAUGCAGACCUACAACUGCGCCCUGUCGCCCUACGCGAACAGUCUGGACGGUGAUAUGAACUACUCCGUCUCCAGCGGGUAUUACCUGCGGGGCCUACACAGCUUCCACAGCAACAAACAUGAAGAUCGGCGCUACAAAUUCAACGUGUGCAAGAUACGGCUGUAGAUGCCUUUUGAAUACCAAAGUCACACUUGCCAAUGCCAAUAAGAAUUCCAAAGAGAAUGAAGAAACACUACUUAUGCAUUGCUAUUGGCUCGACCAAGUAAAGUAAAGUAAGUAAUUAGUAUGGUGAGCUUGUUGUGAUUUUGAAAAUUGAUAAAGCAUAUUAAAGGAGUGUACAUGAA